AUGGAUGAAAUGGGCCAGAGAGGAGUGAAGCCCAAUGAUUCAAUCAAUGAGAUGGACCUUUCAGUAUCUUUAUCUGAGCUUUCUUUCAUCUUUCGCGACAUCAAUUUAUUCCUCAGGUUGCGUACUAUCAUUAAUUCUAAUUGCUUCACCAUUCAAGAAAAGUCUCUGUUCGUUGCUACUGUUGUUGACUCAAACUUAACCAUAUCAGAUUCACACCCUCUCUGGGCAUCUUACUGCCAUCUCACUCCUUCUCUUUUGAAUCUGUAUAAUAUUGUGAGAAUUGGGAAAGAAAAAAAGAUCUACGUUUGUUUUAGCUGUCGAGUGGUGUUACUUGCUGAAAUAAGAGUAAAAGUUCUCAUCUUGUUGUCUUUGGGAAUUUUGCUGUUUUUGUCGAGUAUUGAGGGUUUUCAAGUUUUUAAACGGCGAUUACAGUCACUGGUUGUUGCGAUCUUGGAUAUUGUUGAAAAUUGGGGACAGAUGUGGCCGAAAUCUGCGAUGCUUUUGCAGAAAGUAGAAGAACCAUUUACUCCUUCUUUUGAAGGAGUAUUAGGCGGGUUUGGAAAAAAGGUUGAUACUGAAGCCAUGGUUCUUGACUCCAUUUUGUCUUCUCCUCGCCUGAAGUCUCCCUCUUUCAGGAGACAGUUUACAAAGGAUGAACUGGGUAGUUGGUCCACACUUGUCCAGAGGCAUCGCUUCCUCUUAUCUGCUCUUGUUCUGCUAACACUUCUCUGUACUGUUUAUCUUUACUUUGCUGUCACUUUAGGGGCCAGUGGCACCUGUUCUGGGUUGACUGGUGCUCAGAGAGCUUCUUGCCAUAUGGAACUUGUUAAGGAUUCUAUGGCCAAGGGCAAACUGAAAUUUCUUUGA